UUUGUCAUCACCAACCAUCCUCCUUCCACCCUGUUCUCAUCUAUUCAUCUACUCAUUCAUCCCUUUAUCCAUCUAUUAACUGCUUCUCACCUUUCUACUGUCCUCCCAUCGCAUCCCGGACUUUGGUUCCGCCCUCGAGUCAUCUUAUCGCAUCUAUCGGUGUUUCUCGACCUCUAUCAGUGCCUCUCCUCACUAACCGCUCCCAUCCCUCCAACAACAUGCGUUCCAAGUUCAAGGACGAGCACCCUUUCGAGAAGCGCAAGGCUGAGGCUGAGCGUAUUCGUCAGAAGUACGCCGAUCGCAUUCCGGUAAUCUGCGAAAAGGUCGAGAAGUCGGACAUUGCAACUAUCGACAAGAAGAAGUACCUUGUCCCCGCAGACCUUACCGUUGGGCAGUUCGUCUACGUGAUUCGCAAGCGCAUCAAAUUAUCUCCCGAGAAGGCCAUCUUCAUCUUCGUCGAUGAGGUCCUUCCGCCCACAGCAGCGCUCAUGAGCAGCAUUUACGAAGAGCACAAGGAUGAGGAUGGCUUUUUAUACAUCACGUACUCCGGCGAGAACACAUUCGGUGACUACUAGGCGCUGGUCGACCUGUCCGUAUCUGUCUUGCUUUAUCUCAAAGUAGUAAUCAACUCGCGCCAACGUUACCUUGCUUCGCUCUCGGCCUUUUGAGGUGAUGAUGUCUCCGACAUGGGAUCUACCAGUCGUAGGCCGUAGCAAGAUGGGCAAGCUGGACUGCGCUGGUCACUGAUGCUUUUGAUCUCUCGUCCGUCGGCGUUCUUCCGGUGCUAUUUGUGUUCUUCCUUGUCUUUUCUUGGCGACCUGUCUUCAUGUGGAAUUCGUCUUAAUAGGAUCAAACCUCUGAUUAUCUCUUGUUGAAUGAAUGAAGACCUAACCGCGCAC